GUUUUUUAAUUAGAUGAAAACAUAAGUUUUAUGGAUGUGUCUAUUAUUAGUAUGUAUAGCAGUAGAAGAUGGUCGUUAUUUUGAAUAUAUGGAAGUAAUUAUUUUCAUAGAAGAUAAAUUAGAUUGAUAAGGAUGAUUUUGGUAAAACUUUAAUUGAUACAUUGGAAAUCAAUGUAUAAGGAGGACAAUCAUUAGAAAAAGUAGUUGAUUUAAUGCGUGAUUUAGAAGGUUAAAUUGAUAAUGAAUAAAAGGAUGAUGACAUUACAAAUCAAUAGUUUUAAAAGAAAUGUGAUGAAGUAUUAACUGAGCAUAUAAUUAGGAUUUAACAAACUAAGAUAGUGAAAUUAAUUAGACAUAAUUAGCUAUUGUUGAGAAAUAAGGAAAACUAGAUGAAUUAAAGAAUGCUUAAUAAAGAAAGAAAUAAAUUGCUAAUGCUAAAGAUUAAUGGUUAAAAUAAAUUCAAGAAUUGAUAUCUCAGAAAUAAACAAUAAGAAAUUAAGAAUAAGAUAGAUAUGAAUAAGAAAUGAAUGAAAAUUCUUAUGUAAUUUCUGUGAUUUCAGAAGUAAAAAAGAAAUUUAUAUUGAAUGGAAUUAAUUUAAUCUAAAUUGAUAAUCAUGAAGCAUUAAUGGAUGAUUUAGAAAAUGCUGUUGAUGAAAGUAGGAAUUUUAGAUAGAACACAAGAUAUUAAGAAGUUUUUGGAUUAUUUGUUUAAGUAGCAGCUAAGAUUAAAAAUGAAGGAGCAGAUAAGUUAAAAUCUUUAUGUGAUGAAUUAUUAAUCAAUGUUUCAGAUAAUAUGUCUUUAAUAAGAAAAUAGGAAGAUAAAAGAAAAGAAAUAUUUGAAAAAGAGAUUUCAUCUUUAUAAAAAGAUUUAUAGUAAGUUUAAAGUGAUAAAUCUAUGAUUGAUGCAGGAUUAGAAUAAUUAGAUAAUUAAAUUUCUAUGGGAUAAAAUGAUUUAUCAGAUUAUAAUGCAAGAAUUGAUAGCAAGAAAUAAACUAAAGAAGAUAGAAGAAAAGAAUGUUCAUAAGCUGCUUAUGAAUAUAAAUAAAGUAGAGAAUAAAAUGAUAGAAAGAGAUAAUUAGUUUCUUAAGUAAUUGGAUUAUUUAGUGCAAAUUAAAGAGAAUUUAAAGAAUAUCUAAGAAUGAGAAAUGAUUGAAAUAAAUAUAUGUCUAAAUAUUUUGAUGAUUUUAUUAGU